GGAAAGUAGAAAAGAGGAAAGAAAAACAAGAUAUUAAUCCUUUCCUAGGGAUAGAUUUUUAGAGACACCAUAAUGUCGCAGAAUGACUAUCAAACCAAUUGUAAAAUUAGUAGCGAGGUUUUUGAGUACAUUUUAAAUGCUGGUUCCCUAGAAGGUAACGCCACAGCGUAUAAUCGACAGCUCGGGAUAGCACAUUUUGAUCUUUUAGCCAAAAAGAUUGGCCUUAGAUUAGAUGACCUAUCUUUUUACGUUCUAGCGUUUUAUUUUAAAUGCUCCAGUGCACUACCCUACCAUAUUUCAGAGGCAUGUUUUGUCUCUGGACUUUCUCAGGCUCUCUCACCCAAUGAUAAAGUCUCUCCAGAGAAUGGAUAUGCAGAUGCCUUUAGGGCGCUUCAAAAUGUUGUAAAAAAGACUCAUCAUGAAAUUUUGCGUGAAAAGGUUGAGCUCAAUAAAUUCUACAAUUUCCUGUACAUGUGGUGUCUAAAGAACAAUCGAGCCUCAGACCGCACUACCGUCGCGACGGAGUUGUGGGAGCUUUUCUUCACCGAAGACAAUCCUUCUAUGGAAUGUGAAUUCUACAAGCACUACGUGUGCUUCCAUGACCUUCGAACUUGGAUUGCAUUUAUAGAGACCGAAGACUUCACUAAUAAUUUCAAGAUUUCUGCCGAUCUGUGGCAUCAACUAAUUCAUUUUGCUAACCUUGAAUCGUAUGAAACGUACAACAUAAGCGACUCAUGGCCUCUUGCACUUGACAGCUUCAUGGAAUGUCUAACUAAAAAACACUAAUUUGACGAGCACGAUAUGGAAAAGUGUUAAGUCGAAGUCGUCUUUAUUGUUAUUAUACCUUUUGAUUAGAAGAGAGGAACUAUGAGGAAAAGAGGAGGACGCGAAUUAUGUCGUUUUCUCCCCCUUUUUGCGUUUCAGUUUUAUUUGUGGAACUCGGAACAGCUGUCUUUUCCCCCAAUGAGCCCCUAUCUCCACAUGUUUGCGUCAAGUUUGAUAAACUAAUUUAAAAUAGAGUGGACUU